CCAGUUAGGCGGAAAUUGGUCCGCUCGCUAAAUGUGUCCGGUUCCGUGUCGAAGCGGACGAGAUUCAAAAAGGAGUUGCAUGCGCUAGCAUAUGCAACUUAAACAUCUUCAAAACAGAAACGUUUAUGUCUAUUUUAACUUUAAAAUUCUAGAUUUUCACGCGAAUGAUUAUCAAGAGUACCAAACUAAAGCAGCAUGUCAGACUCUCUUAUCAGUCGUAUAAAGGAGUUGGAGGCAGAGGUGGAGAAGCUGAAGUCUCAGCUGAAGGAGAGCAGAGAGGCUGGAGGUGAUGCUGAAAUGACGUCCAGCUCAGAGGGGAACAGCAGCAAGAAGGAGAGGAAGAAAUCUGGGAAAGAGCGACCCUUUGACUUUGCUGCUCAUCCCCGGCGCCAUGUGGCUCUGCGGCUGGCCUACCUGGGCUGGGCUUAUCAGGGCUUCGCGGUCCAGGAGAACACUGACAACACCGUGGAGGCCAGACUCUUUGAAGCUUUGCUGAAGACCCGGCUGAUCCAGGACCGCCAGAGUUCUAACUACCACCGCUGUGGACGCACCGAUAAAGGAGUCAGCGCCUUUUCCCAAGUCAUAACUAUCGAUCUGCGUUCCACACAGUUCUGUGGUGGACUUGGGGUCACCGUCCCUGAAAAGGUGGAUUCUUCUGUCAAAUCCAAAGCCUCUUCCUCCGAGCUUCCCUACGUGAAAAUGCUGAACAGAGUUCUGCCACAAGACAUCCGGAUCUUGGACUGGGCUCCUGUAGCGGAAGGUUUCAGCGCUCGCUUCGACUGCCAGUCCCGCACCUAUCGCUACUACUUCCCCCGCGGCUCUUUGGAUGUGGCUUUGAUGGAAGAUGCUGCAAAGAGAUAUGAGGGGACUCAUGACUUCCGCAACUUGUGUAAAAUGGAUGUGGGCAACGGAGUCCUGCAGUUUGAGAGGACCAUCCUGUCAGCGACGGUGAGACCUGUGUGGUCUGAACAGACGUCCGGCACAGAUCAGUAUAGUCUGUUUGUGUUUGAGGUCAAAGGACUGGCUUUCCUUUAUCAUCAGGUGCGUUGCAUGAUGGCUGUGCUUCUUUUGAUCGGUCAGAAGCUUGAAGAACCUCAGAUUAUAAAUCAACUCCUUGAUGUUGAAAAUAAUCCCAGAAAGCCCCAAUACAGCAUGGCGGUGGACUAUCCUCUGGUGUUGCAUGACUGUCACUUUGAGGGGCUGGAAUGGCAGCAGGACGUCGAAGAGCUGAACCAUGUCCUGUCCUCUCUGCAGCAGCACUGGAUACAAAGUGCAGUCAAAGCUCAUGUUCUGAGAGGGAUGAUGCAAGACCUGGAAGACAAAGGUGGAUUGUCCUCCGACCAUUGCUGGCUGGUUGAAGGCAGCAGACAGAAGAACUACCGACGACUGCUAGAGCGUCCGUGCUGCGAGAGCCUGGAGUCCAGGAUUAACUACUUUGUUAAAAGAGGACGACUGGAGCGAGAGGAGGGGGAGAACGGAGAGGAAACGUUAAAAAGGGGAAAAAGACCCAAACAUUGUCACAGUUCCUCGACUCAGGCAGAGGCGGACAAACAAGCUGAGGAUCAGAAAGCAGGAGAUUAAUGCUUUUCUUUUUUUUUUUUUUUUUAAGUUUUGGAGUGAAAAAACUUGAUUUUUUUUUUUUUAACAAAAAUAAUUGAACAAACUUUUUGUGUUUAUGUUAAAGCUUGAAGAAGGCUGUUUUGCUUCUCAAUAAAACAUAAGUUGGCUAAAUU